CCCCGGUCCAAAGAACCAGACAGGAUCGAUGGAGGAAGAGUUAAAAUGCCCCGUUUGCGGUUCUCUCUUCAAGGACCCCAUCCUGCUGCCGUGCUCCCACAAUGUCUGCCUGGCCUGCGCGCGGAACAUCAGCGUCCAGACCCCGGACGGAGAGACCCCGGUGCAGAGCCGAGCCUCGGGCAGCUCCGACUACGACUACCUGGACAUGGACAAGAUGAGUCUGUACAGCGAGACGGACAGCGGGUACGGAUCCUACACGCCGUGCCAGCUCAAGUCUCCAAACGGGGUGCGGGUGUUUCCACCGGCCAACCACCCCCGACACUGCUCGCUCACCUGCCCGCUGUGCCACCGGAGCGUCUCCCUGGAUGAGCGGGGGCUCCGGGGUUUCCCUCGGAACCGGCUGCUGGAGGCCAUCGUGUCGCGGUACCAGCAGAACCGCCGCGCAUCCGCCGCCGCGUCGUCCACCGCGGUGAAGUGCCAGCUGUGCGACCGCAACCCGGUGGACGCGGCGGUGAUGUGCGAGCAGUGCGACGUCUUCUACUGCAACGCGUGCCAGCAGCGGUGCCAUCCGUCCCGCGGUCCACUCGCCAAGCACCGCCUGGUGCCGCCGCCGCCGCCGCCGAACCCCGCGGCAGGAGUAGGUGCGGCGAGCGGUGGAGGAGGCGGCGGUCAGCUGCCGCCCGCCACCGCGCGGAAACCGGCCACCUGCGUGGAUCAUGAAGCGGAAAACUUCAACAUGUACUGCUACAGCUGCAAGACCCCGGUGUGUAUGAAGUGUUUGGAGGAGGGGAAACACGCCAAACACGAUGUCAAACCGCUGGCUGUUAUGUGGAAACAACACAAGUGCCAGAUCUCCCAGGCCCUGAACGCUGUCUCCGAAAAAGCUAAAGAUGCCAAGGAGUUCCUGGUUCAGCUCAAGAACAUGCUUCAGCAGAUCCAGGAGAACGGCGUGGAGUUUGAAGCCUGCCUCGUGGCCCAGUGUGACGCUCUGAUCGAGGCGCUCACCAGACAGAAAGCCAAACUGCUCACCAAAGUCACCAAGGAGAAGGAGUACAAGCUGAAGGUGGUGCGGGACCAGAUCACGCACUGCACCAUGAAGCUACGUCAGACCACCGGCAUGAUGGAGUACUGCCUGGAAGUCCUCAAAGAGAACGACCCCAGUGGAUUCCUCCAGAUCUCAGAUGCUCUGAUCAAGCGGGUGACCUCGUCUCAGGACCAGUGGGUGAAAGGCGCCCUGGAGCCAAAGGUCGGCCCCGAGUUUGACCUCACCCUCAACACCGACUCGCUGCUCCAGACCAUCCUGCAGCUGGACUUCUGCCAGGGCAAAGAUGUGCAGGAGAAUCCGUUAUUGAAACAAAUGCAGGCGGCAGCGAGCAGUGGUGAGGCUGAGACGGAGACAGAGAGCCCCGGAGUGGAGUCUGGACCUCGGCCGGCGGCCCCCCUGCAGCUGGAGAAGUGCUGCACCCGAAACAGCGCCACCCUGGCCUGGAAGGUGGCUGCACCCCACCACCCCAUCGAGGGGGACAUCCUGGAGCUGGACGACGGCAACGGAGGACAGUACAGGGAGGUGUAUGUGGGGAAGGAGACGGUGUGCACGGUGGACGGACUUCAUUUCAACAGCUCGUACAACGCCAGGGUGAAGGCCUACAACGCCGUCGGUGUGGGGCCCUACAGCAAGACCGUGGUGCUCAAGACCUCUGACGUGGCCUGGUUCACCUUUGACCCCACCACGGCGCACCGGGACAUCGUUCUGACCAAUGAAAACCAGACCGUGUCCUGCAGCAGCUACGACGACCGCGUGGUGCUGGGAACGGCCGCAUUCUCCAAGGGCAUCCACUACUGGGAGGUCCGAAUCGAUCGCUAUGACAACCACCCUGACCCUGCGUUCGGGGUGGCGAGGAUCAACACCAUAAAGGACAUGAUGUUGGGGAAAGAUGACAAGGCGUGGGCCAUGUACGUGGACAACAACCGGUCCUGGUUCAUGCACAACAACUCCCACACCAACAGGGCGGAGGGAGGCAUCACUAAGGGCUCCCCUGUGGGCAUCCUGCUGGUGACCAAACACACGCUGACGUUCUACUGCAAAAAGCAGCAGCACGGACCCACGGCCUUCGAGACGGAGGGGGUCUUUGUACCCGCCGUCAGCCUCAACAGAAACGUGCAGGCGACGCUACUGACCGGCCUGGUGGUGCCAAAGAACACCAACCAGUAGGAGCCCUUCCUUCCUCCGAGCGGCCCCUGGAUACACACCAUCGAUGUCAUUGGCCGUCCACGUGGACCUUUACCCGUCUCCCAUCCUCCCCGAGGUGCCCUGUGUUUCGAAUACACCUCGAUGUGAAUCCCUGCUCUGUAAUUUGCGACGAAGGAAUAAAUUCUGGCUGAUAAUUGUCUAUAAACACAAGGAUUGGCGCGUGUGGACGUCCCAACAGAGAUGCCUAAAGUUCCUGUGGAUUGCCACACUUGUUCAUAUCCCAGUUUUUUGGCCUGUGAACUUCAGGAUACUAACGUGAUUAAUGUUCCUGCUCCAGCGUGUACCAUCCGGAGAUUUUACCAAAAAAGGAAACUUACAGCCUGAAAGUUCAACUCGAGGCCGGAGACUGAACUAAUCGACCGUCUCACUCCGACAGAAUCGAUGGAGAUUCCCACACUGUGCAGCAAAUCAAUCAUCAACUGUCAUACUUGUCUCUAUUUGAGAUUUUCAGAUCGGAAAACAACAUCACAUUUGGUUUCCACAACAACAAGGUGAUCUCAGGAGGCGCGGGGAAAAACGAUUCAGCAGUGCUUGUCGUUGCUUUGCGUCUCUCUCAGGUGUCCUUACAGCUCACGAGGUAAGACUAAAUGAAGAAAGGGUUUUAUCAGAGCUGGAUUGGCACCGUGGGAUGUUUCACUCAUGAAUAUUUAAAAGCUACACUUCUCCCCCAGUUGUGCCUCCAACAGCCCUCCCUCCCCCCCUUCUCCCUCCUCCGUUUUCCCUUCUUCUCUACUGCCUGCAAAGUGAGGUAGAGAUCAUUCGGUGCAUUGGACUAAAGGUUCACACUCUGAUGUCAGGAUCGGGCCUGGUUCCAUUUCAUUUUGCGGUAAUAUGACGGAUAUGCAAAGCAUGGGAGGGCUUUAUUUUCUGAUUAAGUGUGUCAAUUCAUUAUGGUACAUUUCCUGGCAUGCAGUCAGUGGUGUGAUGACAUAACCAAACCCAUGACGCCAUGUUUUUAUGGCUGCACCAAUCAGACGUGCACGUGUGCCUCAUGUUAUUAGCAGUUCACAACAUUCAGCCUAAAGGCUGUUUUAUGCUUCUGUGGUGAAUCGACGUCGCCGGACCCUAACUACACGCUGCAGCGACCCACAUCUUUCACCCCCCCCCCCCCUCCCCCACGCCGACCCAUUUCCUGGUUCUCCUUCUCCAUAAACAACAUGAAAUCAAAGAGAGGGUUAACUUCUCCUGCUGCAGAUGUCCAACCGUGGUCAGAAGGAACAGGGUCACUAUGAUCAGCCCUUAGUGAUGCCUCCCUCCACAGAAGCAUAACAUGGCUUUUUAUAUUAUAGUAUUUGGUUAAUACAUAUACAUUUGCUGUUAAAUUAGGUUGCCAAAAAUACAAAACUGUGUGUAAACAGUUUGAUUGAAUUAAUAAAAGCGAGGAAACAAGGCUGAUUAACUGCCUGCAGGAGCAUUUCCUGCCCUGAUGUUUCCCUGCAGCCUCUCCCAGGCUCCGUCUCACCCCGUCUCACCCCGUCUCACCCCGUCUCACCCCGUCUCACCCCGUCUCACCCCGUCUCACGAGAAAAACGUUGUCACCUUGAGCGAUUAAAGUUUAGAAAAAGAGAUGGAACUGAUCCUAAGCCUUUUUUUGUUGUUGUUUCAUAAGACCCAACAGCUCCUGGAAUACAUCAAAAGUAGAUGAGCAAAGUGCAGUCGUCUCAUGGAAAUUUCAUUCUGUGCUCAUCUCUCAGUCUCUCUGUAGAAGCUCUGUCAGGCGCCUUCAGUGUGUCGUACUGAAGGAUCUCAAAAAGUCACAUCAGGUAAAGGUGCGUCUGCUGUUACAUGUCUCAUCAGGGAUCGGAUCCUGCAGCCAAAUCCAACCAAACCACUGUGACUACAACCACAAGAUGUUGUUUUAAAUGACAUCACCCAUGUAUAUUUCACCACUAAUGCAGCAGAGGAUGGAGAGGAUUGCUUUCAUCUUUAUUACAAUUGUAAUAAUCAAUUGUAAUAAAGAUUUCAAUAGAUCUAUUCCCUUCCUUCCGCUCUAUUCCCUAUGAUCUGUAAGAAAGAAGUUCUGAGACACGCCUGCCAUACAAGGAUUGGGUUUACGUGUGAACGGAAAUCCACAAACAAAUGUAAAUACUGAUAUGUGAGUUAUGAUUAUGACGUGUGGUAUUAAGCAUGGAUUAAGCGUCACAGAAGUUUACUAAAUAUCUGAAGCUGGUACUGUAAAUAGUGUCCUGUAUUACUGUGUUUGAGUGACGUUGAAGCCAACUGCUGCGACAGCUCGCCCUCUGCUGGCGGACGGAGGCAACAACAGGGACAUUGAUUCAUCCUGUUUCUCGGUCUCGGACUUGUCUCGGACUCGCUAGUAUUUGGACUCAGACUUGUCUCAGUCUCGGUCUCGGUCUCGGCCACUGGUCUCGCCAGAUAUGGCUUUUGGU